GUCCAUAGCAUUUGGGUCUUUUUUAAAACCUUCCACUCUUUAUAACCUUUCGUUUGUUACUGUUAUCUUAUCACUUAUCAGUGAUUAUGUUAAGUUUCAGUAAACUUGUUUUUAUGCGAUUUGUCUUUUCGUUGACAACAACAUCAAUGUAGUUUUUUUAUGUAGUUGCCAGAUUGAUUAAGGGACGGUAUAAAAGGAACAGAAAUUUUCAGUGUCAUGAAAAUUAAUUUGAACAUUCUCUUGAAUUUGUUUGGAACUUUGAGCCAAGGCGUUUCCGUUUAGACUAUGGCUACAAACUAUUGUAAUGCAGUAGCAGGUCAGAGCCGGACUAAAAUCAAAGAUGAGAAGAGAAAUUCCUGGCCUGAACUCGGCUCUGAAGGCAGCUUCGCCUCUAGCCGGUCCGGUACGACCGCCUCAAAUCGACCGGCUCCAGCCCGUGAAAACCUCCAGUUCCCGCAGCUGGGCGAAAAGCCGGCUGAAGCAGCGGAAAGUAAGUGCGGUACCACAGUGGAAGAGCCCAAGAAGGAAACAGCAAGAACUCACGUUUCUAACAAACCGCAACAACAGAACAAGUUUGCAGAAAGAAAGUUGAAAAUGCGACUGUGCCGAAAGUCAAAUUUAAAGAAGCAAAAGAUCAAUGUUGAUAUCAUGCAAGCAAUACAGGCAUCUCUCUGCCUGGAAAUGCUCAAGAAAAACAAAGAGUUUAAAAAGAAGCCUGUAAAGAAUGCCCGAAGGGGAAAUAUGUUGGAUUCCGAUCAACCGACCUUGCGCAAGGGGAAGGUCCGCCAGGGAAAAAGGAAGCUGUCCCUCAUGAAAAAAACUUUUCUAAUGUCACGGAAAAUUCAUCUGGAAAAAAUACCUUACACGUCUGACAUGAUGCGUUUGAAGAAUGAACUGUCUCAAAUGAAAUCAAACGGCAGAUGUGAUUUGGACGUCGAUAAGGUUGCUGAUAGGUUUGAAAAAAUUAAAAUCGCCGAGCCUGAAAAACAGACAGUAGAAAAAAUAGACAUAUCAAAAAUUACUUCUGCUAUUGUUCAUUCGAAAAAAUUUCGUGGGUACUGUAAUAAUUUUGUUACAGCAGAAUUGAAAAAAGCUGUGAGUGAAUUAAUUAUCAGUUUAAGAAAGUUUCAUGAUAAGCUGUAUAUGCGGGACGAGAUAAAAGCACAUGCCAAAAGGCGAUACGUCUGUGGAUUCAAAGAGACCAAAAAAUUCCUGCUCUGCAAUAAAAUAAAGGUCUUAAUUGUUGCCACAAAUCUUGAGAUUGUUGAAGGGCUGCCUACUUUCCAAAUUCUUGAUGAAAUAAUUAACACCGCCUCCUCUAAAGAUGUUCCUAUAAUUUACGGUGCCACCGCUGAAGAAAUCGGUUAUUGGACGCUUAAAAAAAGACGGAUUAGCGCUUUAGGUGUUCUAGAUUAUGACGGUGCCAAUGAGAUUUACAGGCGCCUUUUGGAAAACUGGGAAAAAGCCAAAGGCGAUUACUCAUCCAUCGUAAAUGCGAUCAAACAAUACUUGACUUCAAACUACACUAACAAUUCUGAUAAGUUGGAUGUCAAUUGCAUUGAGAAAGAAAUUCGGGAAAAUGUAAUUUCCAAAUUAUUGGCUCAAACUGUAAGCGUGGCAAACGCUGAACAAGAGGCAGAAGAUAAGAUUUAAAUAUUUCAAUUUCAUUUUAAUUGGAAUCUAAAAGCCUUAACCUAUUUUAUAUGGAUAAUAGAUAAAAUGUAAAAAAUAUAUUUAUUUUUUUAAACACA